UUUAUUUUGCAUAGUGAAAUUAAACAAUGAUCAAUAUUUGGACUAGAAAUAUUACAUCAUGAUAUGAGAUUAUUAAAUUAAGUAUACAGUAAGAAAUAUAAAUUGAAAGCAUUAUGAGAGAAGCAAAGAAACAGCGUCAUAGAAUUCGAUUGAAAUGAAAUCCAAUAGAAAAGGGACUAAUUUUGCUUUGAUACACACGUAUAUGCUGAAAUAUACGUGUAAGUAGGUGGGUAGAAUGCAUUUAUAAAAAUAAUGGCUGACUAGUAGUGUUAUCGCACACGGAAAGAAGCGAUUGUAUGAGCUUCGUUUGUGAUUCGAGUCUAAUAAAGUUACAUUUUGUAUUGAAGUAAUAUUAUUAGAUGGUAGAUGUCGAUAGACUAAACUUUUCAAAUAUAACUGAUAAACAUUCGAGUAAGUGAGUUUGUUAUUCAACCCGAGUUCAGAAUCUUGCGAAAUUUAGACUCGAAUGAAAUUUAAAGCUGUAUGUACGGACGUGAGAAUGAAGAAAAAAAAUCCAUAGAAAAGAGACGCUAAUCAUAUGUUUUAUGCAUCGCACAACUUGUUAUCAAACUUGUUUCAAUGAAGUCAUAUUGGUUGAAAGAGAAAGGAUACUUUCGGUCGCAAUGCGACUUGCACGAUGUAUUUCGUGCUUUUUUCUCCAAUUAAUUGCAUUUGAGCUGUUGUUCUUUAUAUUUUAUUAAACUUUUCCACAUCCUAUCGAGAAGAUUUAACACGAUGGUACACAUACCGAGUGCAUAUACUUACAAUUUCUGGGCAAAAUCACCCACAGAAGUUGUUGAACUAACUUGUUUAAUGCCAAAUGGGGUCGUUAUACCCUUAGAGACUAACCGCAAUAUCACCUUGGCUGAAAUUAAAGAGGACCUUUGGGAUGAAGCCAGUAAAUAUCCUCUUCACGGUACGUUGAAAGAUGCUCCGUCCUACGUAUUCUCAUGCAUCAACUCUAACGCAGAAGCAGAGGAAUUGAGAGACGAAACUAGACGUUUAUGUGACAUAAAACCAUUUUGUUCUGUGCUCAAAGUUAUAGAACGCGAAGGUGUUAAAAGUGAUAGAAAUUUAGAUUCUCAAAUUGGUCUUCUUAUUGGAAAAGGAUUACACGAGUUUACAGCUUUAAGAAAUUCCGAAGUGAAUGACUUUAGAUGGAAAAUGAGAGUGUUAGGGGAUGAAGUUGCGAUGGCGAGGCAAAAGAAAUCUUGGAUGGAAAAAGUACGUUAUCAGUUUCCUACACGAUUAGCACCAACUGCCACGAUACCAAAAAAUAUCGAAUGUCGACUAAAAGAUGGAAACAUUGUUCUUGUCACUAAAUUUGAAAAUACAGAGACGGCUUUCACGUUUCAAAUAUCACACACUACGACGCCAUAUCAGCUACUGGUAUCUAUUUUAAAUAAGCGAGCAAACACUUUAAUGUCGAAGGGACAUCCGAAUGACUUUACUCUGAAGGUUUGCGGCCAGGAGGAGUAUUUAAUAGGAGACUAUCCUUUGAUACAGUUUAGUUACAUUCAAGAUUGCCUAGCGAAAGAUAUUAUUCCUACAUUGGUUACUCUAAGCAGAGAUAGCGUCUCUGUCGAUCAAGAAAAUACGGCGGAGAACGUAGAGCCAGACACUUUGCAACGUACAAGGCCUUCUUUUUCUACGCUAACCCUCCGCAAGAAGGGUAAACAUAUAUCUGCUUGGAAAAUCGAGGAACCAUUCGUUUUUACUGUGAACGCGAUAUCGCGAUUGAAUUGCGAUGCAGCUCAUCGCACCGUUGAGAUUGGCCUUCAAGCUGGUCUCUUUCAUGGUGGAAAGUCACUGUGCGAAAGCCAGAAGACUAAAGAAACUAUCGUCAGUUCGGAUGGUAGCUGCGAGUGGGAAGAGCCGUUAAGGUUUGAUAUAAAGGUGCGAGAUAUACCGCGAAUGGCCAGGCUGUGUUUCGUUCUAUAUGAAAUUAGCAAGACUGCAAAAGGACUGAAAAGUCGUAGAUUAGUUAAAGAUACCAAACAAGAGUUUUUUAUAAAUCCGUUAUGCUGGGCCAACACGACCAUAUACGACUUCAAGUCUCAACUGAAAACGGGAGCGAUGACGCUUUACACGUGGACGUACGCCGAGGAUAUGCAGAACGACGAUCUUCUACAUCCUCUCGGUACGGUAGUGUCGAAUCCUCACAUAGACAGAGCGGCUGCUUUGAUGUUGACAUUUCCAAAUUAUGGAAAGGACAAGUCUGUCCUUUAUCCAACGCCGGAGAAAAUGGUGGAGUAUGCGAGAAAGCUGCGAGAAUCAUCUGCUGAACGGUCGAUUCAAGAAGAGCCUGACAAAGAGUCUGACGUCGGUAAACUCCAGCAACUUGAACAACUUCGAUUGUUGGCAGACAGAGAUCCAUUGCACGAGCUUCACGAGCAAGAGCGAAAGAUAAUGUGGACGUUAAGGCAUCACUGUCUCCUUGAAAUACCGACGUUGUUGGCCAAGUUGUUGCACUGCGUGGAAUGGAAUGAUCAUAGGGAAGUAGCUGAAGCUACGGCGCUAGUGCAACAGUGGCCCAAAUUACCCGUCGAAAAGGCACUUGAAUUGUUGGAUUAUGCUUACGCUGAUCAAAAUGUUCGAAGUUUUGCUGUGCGUUGUUUAAUGGAUGUCAGCGACGAAGAUUUGAGCCUUUAUCUAUUGCAGUUGGUACAAGCGCUGAAACACGAAAAUUAUUUAUCUUGUGAUUUGACGGAGUUCUUGCUGAGACGCGCCCUUAAUAAUCGAAGGAUUGGUCAUUUCUUAUUCUGGCAUCUUAGAUCGGAGAUGCAAGUGGGUGCUGUAUCGGUUCGUUUUGGCUUAAUAUUAGAAGCGUAUUGUAGGGGAAGUCAACAGCACAUGCGAUCGCUGUUCAAACAAAUGGAAUGUUUGGGCAAAUUGAAGUCGGCUUCCGAACAAAUAAAACAGCGAAAAGAUCGGAAAGCCGCGUUGCAAGGUUUUCAAGAAUUUAUUCAAGAACCUCAUUGUCAAGAUGCGUUGUCAAACGUUUUGAACCCAUUGGAUCCAAGCUUUCGAUGGAAACGGAUCAAAAUCGAGAAAUGUAGAGUAAUGGACAGUAAAAUGCGACCACUUUGGUUAGUUUUUGAAAAUGCUGAUCCGUUCGGCGAUGAUAUUUACUUGAUAUUGAAACACGGGGAUGAUUUGAGACAAGACAUGCUUACGCUGCAGAUGUUGCGAAUCAUGGAUAAACUGUGGAAGAGGGAAGGUUUGGAUUUACGUAUGAAUCCGUACGGUUGCAUAUCAACGGAAAAUAGGGUCGGCAUGAUCGAAGUGGUCCUAAAUGCCGAAACGAUUGCAAAUAUUCAAAAAGAAAAGGGUACUUUCUCGGCGACUGCUGCUUUCAGGCGGGGCUCUUUACUUGCUUGGUUGAAAGAUCACAAUCAUACGGAGGCAGCGCUGAACAGAGCCAUCGAGGAAUUUACUUUAAGCUGUGCGGGUUAUUGCGUGGCUACGUAUGUUCUUGGAAUUGCGGACAGACAUUCGGAUAAUAUAAUGGUGAAGAAAACCGGUCAAUUGUUUCACGUUGACUUUGGCCACAUACUUGGACAUUUUAAAGAGAAAUUUGGAUUCAGACGCGAACGCGUGCCCUUCGUGUUGACCAAUGAUUUUGUCCAUGUAAUAAACAAGGGUCAAACGAAGAAAGGUCAAGCAGUUGAAUUUCAACGAUUUCAGAGUCAUUGCGAACAAGCGUUUCUCGUUCUACGUCAGCACGGAGGCCUGAUAUUGUCACUGUUUGCCAUGAUGAUAUCAACGGGAUUACCUGAAUUAUCGUCAGAGAAAGAUCUCAACUAUUUGAGAGAUACUUUGGUACUUGAGAUGUCUGAAAGCGAGGCACAAAAGCAUUUUAGGAGUAAAUUCGACGAAGCUCUCUGUAACUCGUGGAAGACUUCUUUAAACUGGGCUUCUCACAACAUGUCGAAAAACAAUAAAACAACGUGAACGGAAGUGAACGCGCGAGUCAGUCAAACAAAACGAAAUGAAGUGAAAUGAAAUGAAACGAAACGAAUGAAUGCGAUUGGCACGCUUAUCGACGAAUGCGCGUUGUAUCGUUGAAAAUUUCACUCAUUCAUAACGAAUGAUUUUUCACGAAAAGGUCACGCACGUUCGAUCUAAAGAAAAGAAGAAAAAAAAAGAAAAAAAAAAAAACGCAAGAGAAACACAAAAAGGAAAUCAGAUAGACUUUGUUGAUAAUCAGCAGCUAUUUUUCUUGUUGCCGUAUGUGAUUGUAACGUGUAUGUGUACGCGCGUCGCGUCUUAUUCUUUAAAUCAUUGUCUUUCUUUCACACCUUUUCUUUCAAUAUCUCAUACACACCGCGCGCGCGCAAACAUUCGAUUCUUGUAAGUAAGUAAUUACAUUCAUAAGCUGUACUUUCUCUAUCUCAAUCUCUCUCUCUCUCUCCCUCUCCCUCUUUACCUCUUUACCUUUGUCCUCUCUCUCUCUCUCUCUCUCUCUCUCUCUCCCCCCUCCCUCCCCCUUUCUCUCUCUCCCUCUCCCCCUCUAUAACUUCACUUAUAAUAAGUGAACGGAAAAUAGAAAUACGUAUAUAGUACAUAUCAUAGGUUGACAUUGCGAGCGCGGGAUUCUCAUAAACAAAAGAUGAUGGGCAGGCGUUUUCUUGAAAAGAAUGUUUCAAGACGUUUCGCCCGCUUGACUAAAUUGUCGCAGUAUCAUGGCUGUGUGUCAUUCUACCAGCAGGCUUAUAAUCUUUCGACUGUAACAAUCUUUCGAAUGUUCGCAAAGGAUUGGCAGACAUUCUGACAUAAUCUUUGAAAUUUCCGAAUCCUGGAAUACUAUUGUAUCGAUUGUAAUAAACGAAGUUAUUCUUCAUC